AUGGGACAGCAGCAAUGCGACACACCUGAAGCAGCAGGAAGAAGAGAACCUCUUGAAAGCAGCCAAAAGGAAAUUGAUCAUGAGUUUCCUUCAAUCGCCAGGCAAAACGUGGAAUUGGAAAGCCCAAUCUAUCCCACUGGUAUGAGAUUGGUCUUUAUUUUUGUCGCCCUUUGCUUGACAGUCUUCUUGGUCGCCUUGGACCAAACCAUCAUCGCCACCGCAAUUCCGACCAUCACCUCCGAAUUCCACAGCGUGGAAGACAUUGGAUGGUAUGGUAGCGCUUUCCUCCUGACGACCUGCAGCUUCCAGCUGUUUUUCGGAAAACUAUACACUUUACUACCUUUGAAGUGGACUUUCGUUGGUGCUGUGUUGAUUUUCGAGAUCGGCUCUGCCAUCUGCGGUGCUAGUCCGAAUUCUGUCGCCCUUAUAAUCGGACGAGCUAUUGCUGGCAUUGGAGGCGCGGGAAUAUUCUCUGGCGCACUUAUUAUCGUUGCUAAGUCAGUACCUCUAUCAAAGAGGCCAGCUUUCACGGGGAUACUUGGUGCCGUGUGGGGUAUAGCAAGUGUGGUUGGCCCUUUACUAGGCGGUGCUUUUACAUCCCAUGUCUCUUGGCGCUGGUGCUUCUACGUUAAUCUUCCAGUUGGUGCCGUAGCCAUCCCGGUCAUCAUCCUUUUUCUCUCUUCACAACCACCUGAAAAGCAGCUGAAGCGAAAUGCAUGGUCUGUGAUCAACCAAUUCGAUCCCCUUGGGACAAUCCUGCUCGUCGCCAGCAUCAUUUGUCUAUUGAUCGCACUUCAGUGGGGCGGAAGCCAAUACUCCUGGAGCGACGGGCGCGAGAUUGCAUUGUUGACAGUAUUCGGUGUGCUAUUCUUUGCCUGGGCCGUGGUGCAGUGGCGAAUUGGCGACAAUGCUACUAUACCGCUUCGUAUUCUCCGACAACGCACAGUUGCCUUUUCGACCUUCUAUAUUUUCUGUGGAAGCGCAUCUUUCAUCUUGCUCAUUUAUUAUUUGCCGAUUUGGUUUCAAGCAAUCAAAGGUGACUCCGCCAACCAGUCGGGAAUUCAUAGCCUGGCAACUGUGUUAAGUGUCGUGGUAUUUGCUAUUGGCAGUGGCCUGGGUGUCACCCUUGUGGGGUAUUACACCCCAUUCAUGAUUGCAGGAUCCAUGGUAAUGGCGGUUGGAGCGGGCCUCCUCCUCCUGUUCAAAGUCGAUACUCCUCUAUCGAUGUGGCUCGAAUUUCAAAUCGUGUUUGGUGCAGGGGCUGGUAUAGGACUCGAGCUCCCCAAUAUUGCUGUCCAAACGGUUCUUCCCGAAGAGGAUGUCUCUAUCGGGACAUCUUUGGGGGUCUUCGCUCGUUCUCUUGGAGGCGCCAUCUUCGUAUCCGUGGGACAGAAUGUUUUCAGCAACCACAUUGUCUCUGGCAUGAUCGCGCGGGUUCCUCAAAUAGAUCCAUCGGUUGUUCUUCAAGCAGGAGCAACAGAUCUUCAGCAAAGAGUGAGCCAAGUUAUUGUUAGUUUGGGUCUUGAUAAAGACGUAUUGACUCGGGUGUUGGAAGUCUACAGUGAUGCCAUUGUUCAGACAUUUAUGGUCGCCUUGGUGACAGCCUGUAUAUCAAUAAUUGGUGCCCUCGGUGUCGAGUGGCGUACAGUGAAAGGCUCUUCCAACACGCACAGCUCUACGCAAACAGUUGGAGGUGAAUGA